GUGAGUCCCUGCUCCUGCGGGGAAACUCAAAAAUCUUGAGGGUUUUUUCUUUUCUUUUUCCCUUUUUUUUUUUCCUCAGUAGGAUUAGAAGAAGAAAAGUUAUCUAUGCCAGCAAUUAUGACAAUGUUAGCAGACCAUGCAGCUCGUCAGCUGCUCGAUUUCAGCCAAAAACUGGAUAUCAACCUUUUAGACAAUGUGGUGAAUUGCUUAUACCAUGGAGAAGGAGCCCAGCAAAGAAUGGCUCAAGAAGUACUGACACAUUUAAAGGAGCAUCCUGAUGCAUGGACAAGAGUUGACACAAUUUUGGAAUUUUCACAGAAUAUGAACACGAAAUAUUAUGGACUACAAAUUUUGGAAAAUGUGAUAAAAACAAGGUGGAAGAUUCUUCCGAGGAACCAGUGUGAAGGGAUAAAAAAAUACGUUGUUGGCCUCAUUAUCAAGACGUCAUCUGAUCCAACUUGUGUAGAGAAGGAAAAGGUGUAUAUCGGGAAACUGAAUAUGAUUCUUGUUCAGAUACUGAAACAAGAAUGGCCAAAACACUGGCCAACUUUUAUCAGUGAUAUUGUUGGAGCAAGUAGGACCAGUGAAAGUCUCUGUCAAAAUAAUAUGGUGAUUCUUAAACUCUUGAGUGAAGAAGUCUUUGAUUUUUCUAGUGGACAGAUAACUCAAGUGAAAGCUAAGCAUUUAAAAGACAGCAUGUGCAAUGAGUUCUCACAGAUCUUUCAGCUGUGUCAGUUUGUGAUGGAAAACUCCCAAAAUGCGCCGCUUGUACAUGCAACAUUGGAAACAUUGCUCAGAUUUCUAAACUGGAUUCCACUGGGAUAUAUUUUUGAGACCAAGUUAAUCAGCACAUUAAUUUAUAAGUUCCUGAAUGUUCCAAUGUUUCGAAAUGUGUCUCUAAAGUGCCUCACUGAGAUAGCUGGUGUGAGUGUAAGCCAAUAUGAGGAACAGUUUGUAACGCUAUUUACACUGACAAUGAUGCAGCUAAAACAGAUGCUUCCUUUAAAUACCAAUAUUCGACUUGCGUACUCUAAUGGGAAAGAUGAUGAACAGAACUUUAUUCAAAAUCUCAGUUUGUUUCUCUGCACGUUUCUUAAGGAACAUGGUCAACUUAUAGAAAAAAGACUAAAUCUCAGGGAAACACUCAUGGAGGCCCUUCAUUACAUGUUGUUGGUAUCAGAAGUGGAGGAAACGGAAAUCUUUAAGAUUUGUCUUGAGUACUGGAAUCAUUUGGCAGCUGAACUCUAUAGAGAGAGUCCAUUCUCUACAUCUGCCUCUCCAUUACUAUCUGGGAGUCAGCAUUUUGAUGUUCCUCCCCGGAGACAGCUGUAUUUGCCCGUGUUAUCCAAGGUUCGUUUAUUGAUGGUUAGUCGUAUGGCUAAACCAGAGGAAGUAUUAGUUGUAGAAAAUGAUCAGGGAGAAGUUGUAAGAGAAUUCAUGAAGGAUACAGAUUCCAUAAAUUUGUAUAAGAAUAUGAGGGAAACAUUAGUUUAUCUUACUCACCUGGAUUAUGUAGAUACAGAAAGAAUAAUGACUGAGAAACUUCACAAUCAAGUGAAUGGUACAGAGUGGUCAUGGAAAAAUUUAAAUACAUUGUGUUGGGCAAUAGGCUCCAUUAGUGGAGCAAUGCAUGAAGAGGACGAAAAACGAUUUCUUGUUACAGUUAUAAAGGAUCUAUUAGGAUUAUGUGAACAGAAAAGAGGCAAAGAUAAUAAAGCUAUCAUCGCAUCAAAUAUCAUGUACAUAGUAGGUCAAUAUCCAAGAUUUUUAAGAGCUCACUGGAAAUUUUUGAAGACAGUAGUUAACAAGCUGUUUGAAUUCAUGCAUGAGACCCAUGACGGAGUCCAAGACAUGGCUUGUGAUACUUUCAUUAAAAUAGCUCAGAAAUGUCGCAGGCAUUUUGUCCAGGUUCAGGUUGGAGAAGUGAUGCCGUUUAUUGAUGAAAUUUUGAACAACAUUAACACUAUAAUUUGUGAUCUCCAGCCUCAACAGGUCCAUACAUUUUAUGAAGCUGUGGGGUACAUGAUUGGUGCACAAACAGACCAAACAGUACAAGAACAUUUGAUAGAAAAAUACAUGCUACUUCCUAAUCAAGUUUGGGAUAGCAUAAUCCAGCAGGCAACCAAAAAUGUGGAUAUACUUAAAGAUCCUGAAACAGUCAAGCAGCUUGGUAGCAUAUUGAAAACAAAUGUGAGAGCCUGCAAAGCUGUUGGACACCCCUUUGUAAUUCAGCUUGGAAGAAUUUAUUUAGAUAUGCUUAAUGUAUACAAGUGCCUCAGUGAAAAUAUUUCUGCAGCUAUCCAAGCCAAUGGUGAGAUGGUUACAAAGCAACCGUUGAUUAGAAGUAUGCGAACAGUAAAAAGGGAAACUUUAAAGUUAAUAUCUGGUUGGGUGAGCCGGUCUAAUGAUCCGCAGAUGGUUGCCGAAAAUUUUGUUCCUCCUCUGUUGGAUGCAGUUCUCAUUGAUUAUCAGAGAAAUGUCCCAGCUGCUAGAGAACCAGAAGUGCUUAGUACUAUGGCUAUUAUUGUCAACAAGUUGGGAGGACAUAUAACAGCUGAAAUACCUCAGAUAUUUGAUGCUGUUUUUGAAUGCACAUUGAAUAUGAUAAACAAGGACUUCGAAGAAUAUCCUGAACACAGAACAAACUUUUUCUUACUACUUCAGGCUGUCAAUUCUCAUUGUUUCCCAGCAUUUCUGGCUAUUCCACCUGCACAGUUUAAACUCGUUUUGGAUUCCAUUAUUUGGGCAUUCAAACAUACUAUGAGGAAUGUUGCAGAUACAGGCUUACAGAUCCUUUUUACACUCUUACAAAAUGUUGCACAAGAAGAAGCUGCAGCACAGAGUUUUUAUCAAACUUAUUUUUGUGAUAUCCUUCAACAUAUCUUUUCAGUUGUGACAGACACCUCACAUACUGCUGGUUUGACAAUGCAUGCGUCAAUCCUUGCGUAUAUGUUUAAUUUGGUUGAAGAGGGAAAAAUAAGUACACCAUUAAACCCUGGGAAUCCAGUUAACAACCAAAUGUUUAUUCAGGAAUAUGUGGCUAAUCUCCUUAAGUCUGCAUUCCCUCAUCUACAAGAUGCUCAAGUAAAGCUCUUUGUGACGGGGCUUUUCAGCUUAAAUCAGGAUAUUCCUGCUUUCAAGGAACAUCUUAGGGAUUUCCUAGUACAAAUAAAGGAGUUUGCAGGUGAAGAUACAUCUGAUCUCUUUUUGGAAGAAAGAGAAACAGCCCUUCGACAGGCUCAAGAAGAAAAACAUAAACUUCAAAUGUCUGUCCCUGGUAUCCUUAAUCCACAUGAAAUUCCAGAAGAAAUGUGUGAUUAAAAUCAGAAGUCAUGCUGUUUUGGUUUUUGUUUUUUUUGUUUUGGUUUUUUGUUGUUUUUGUUUUUUUUUUUUUAAUUUUGUUUUUUCUCUGCAACUCUUGUUAGCAGAAGAAAACAGCAUCUGGAUAUUUGUCGACCAAAAUGAUGCCAAUUUGUAAAUUAAAAUGUCACCUAGUGGCCCUUUUUCUUAAGUGUUUUUGUAUAAGAAAUUUUCUGUGAAAUACCUUCCAUUGUUAAAGCUUUUGUUUGGUCAUCUUUAUUUAGUUUGCAUGAAGUUGAAAAUUAAGGCAUUUUUUAAAAUUCUACUUCAUGCCCGUUUUGUGGUAGGGAUGGGGGAGGAGGUAAAUUGGAUUUGAACAUAUACUUGUAAAUUCUAAUGCAAAAUUACACAUUUUUUUUUCUGUAAACAAUACCAAUUUUUAAUUAGGGAUCAGUUUCUUUCUGGCCUGUAUUUCAGUCUAGAAGAAAAAUAAUGAGUAAAACAAAUUGCAUUCUUAAAAGGAUUAUAGUGCUGCAUUAUCUGAAGUUAGCACCUCUUGGAUUGAAUUGUUUGUCUAGGCUAUAUGUAUUACAAGUCUGUAUGGCAAGUUUGCAGCAAGAUCAUGUGCAUAUCAUCCCAUUGUAAAGCGACUUCAAAAAAUACGUGAACACAGUUAGUUAUUUUUACACAGUUCUUUUGGGUUUUUUGUGUGUGUGUGCUGUCGCUUGUCGACAACAGCUUUUUGUUUUCCUCAAUGAGGAGUGUUGCUCAUUUGUGAGCCUUCAUUAACUCAAAGUGAAAUGGUUAAAAAUAUUUAUCCUGUUAGAAUAGGCUGCAUCUUUUUAACAACUCAUUAAAAAACAAAACAAAACUGGCUUUUGAGAUGACUUAUACUAAUUUACAUUGU